AUGGCCAAACCAGAACCCCAUAUCUGCAUGACCCUUACCGUCGCCGCGAGAAGGGUCUACGACUUCAAGGUUGAGGGCUACUCCGUCGCCAAAUCGAUGACUUCCGGCGGCAAAUACUUCCAGUCCGACACCUUCAGCGUCGGCGGCUACGACUGGGCCAUGCGCUUCAGCUACCACGCAAUGUUUGGUAGUACAUCGUUCUACCUCGUUUGCCUGAGCAAAAUCAAGUCUGAAGUCGGCGUGGUCUCUAUGUGCACGCUGCUCGAAAAGUCCGGCAAGCCGUCGGCGACGAUCGAGCAGAGGCUGUCCACUAUAUUCUCAUGCUGCGGUCAGCGGGAAGUCUUCGCCGGUUUCAUGAGCGAGGAGGAUUUCAAGGAUCACCUUCAGGGCGAUUGCCUCACUAUACGCUGCACCAUCUCUGUCCUGAGAAAUCCGAUGACUUAG